AUGAAUGCUGGGAGCACUACAAUCCAUGAUUCUGCAUGGAACCCUACCCGCCAGAAAGUCACCCAGCACGCCUACCAGCCAUUCUGGCACCAGGAGCGGACUCCGCGACCAGUAGCGGAUGCCCAGCUCCUAUUACCUACUGUCUCCAAGGAGACUAGUAAAUUCCAUUAG